GAUCCUACCUUAGACCCCGUGCACCGGAUGGAGUUGAUCCUGAGCACCAGCCCAGCAAAGCUGACUCUAGAUCCUGCAUGCCAGCCAGAGUUGACCCUGAGACUCAACCUGACCAAGCUAACCCUGGAUCCUGCACGCCAGCCAGAGCUGUCGCUGAGUCCCAGGCUAGCUGAGCUGACCCUGGAGUCCACAUGCCACCCAGAGAUGAGCCUCAGUCCUGGCCCAGCUGAGCUUACCCUGGAUCCUCAACACCAGGCAAAGGAGACCUCAGUCCCCAAGCUGGCUGAAUUGACCCUGGAGCCUGUGCACUGCCGACCCGAGCUCCUGAGUGCCUGUGCUGACCUCAUCAAUGACCAGUGGCCCCGCAGCCGGGCCUCCCGUCUCCACUCUCUGGGCCAGUCCUCAGAUGCCUUCCCCCUCUGCCUGAUGCUGCUGAGCCCUCAGCCCACACCCGGAGCAGCCCCUCUUGUGGUGGGCCAUGCCCGCUUAUCACGGGUACUGGACCAUCCCCACAGCCUCUUAGUGGAGACAGUGGUGGUAGCCCGGGCUCUGAGGGGCCGUGGCUUUGGUCGCCGCCUCAUGGAGGGCUUGGAGGCCUUUGCCCGAGCCCGGGGUUUCCGACGGCUGCACCUCACCACUCAUGACCAGCUAUACUUCUACGCCCAUCUGGGCUACCAACUGGGUUUCCAUCUCUGUGGCAUGACCAUGCAGCUAGACCUAACCCUGGUGGUGGGGCUAACCCUGUACUUGGUGCAGGGCCAGGCUUUGCCGCAGGCUCCUGAGCGCCCCUUUUCUGUGCUAUGGAAUGUACCCUCAGCGAGAUGUAAGGCCCACUUUGGUGUGCAUCUGCCUCUCGAUGCCCUCGGCAUCCUAGCCAACCAUGGCCAGCAUUUUCAUGGCCAAAACAUCUCCAUCUUCUACAAGAACCAGUUUGGUCUUUAUCCUUACUUUGGACCUAGAGGCACAGCCCACAAUGGGGGACUCCCUCAGGCUGUGUCUCUAGACCACCACUUGGCACAAGCUGCCCACCAGAUCCUCCACAGCCUAGGAUCUAGCUUUGCCGGCUUGGCAGUGCUGGACUGGGAAGAAUGGUACCCACUCUGGGCUGGGAACUGGGGCCCCCGUCGACAAGUCUACCAGGCAGCCUCCUGGGCUUGGGCACAGCAGGUGUUCCCUGGUUUGGACCCUCAGGAACAGCUCCACAAAGCCCGUACUGGCUUUGAGCAGGCUGCCCGUGCCCUGAUGGAAUACACACUGCGGCUGGGCCAGGCACUUCGCCCGCAUGGGCUCUGGGGCUUUUAUCGAUACCCAGCCUGUGGCAAUGGCUGGCACAAUAUGGCUUCCAACUACACAGGCCGCUGCCACGCAGCCAUCAUCACCCGAAACACCCAACUGCAUUGGCUCUGGGCUGCCUCCAGUGCUCUCUUCCCUAGCAUCUACCUCCCACCCAGACUGCCGUCUGCCUACCGCCAGGCCUUCGUACGACACCGCCUGCAGGAGGCCUUCCGUGUAGCCCUGGCUGGGCAUUCACACCCUCUACCUGUUCUGCCUUAUACUCGCCUCACACAUCAGAACUCUGGGAGAUUCUUGUCUCUGGACGACCUGACGCAGACUAUUGGUGUGAGCGCGGCACUGGGGACAGCUGGAGUGGUGCUCUGGGGGGACCUGAGCUUUUCUAGCUCUGAGGAAGAGUGCUGGCAUCUCCAUGACUACCUGGUGGGCACUUUAGGCCCCUAUGUGAUCAAUGUGACCAAGGCUGCUACGGCCUGCAGUCAUCAGCGAUGUCAUGGCCACGGCCGGUGUGCCCGGAAAGACCCAGGACAAAUGGAAGCCUUUCUACAUCUGCAGCCAGAUGACAGUCUUGGAGCUUGGGGGUCCUUCAGAUGCCGUUGUUACUCGGGCUGGGCUGGCCCUACUUGCCUGGAGCCUAAACCCUGAGCCCAGGGAAACAACACAGAGUCAGGAGUUCCUGCCUUGGCUUCUUGAUGCUCUCGCCACUUCCCCAGUCCUAGAGGAAAUUAUGCUUCGUUUAACUUAUGCAACUUUCCCAAGUACAUAUCCCACUUCCACCAACACACCUUCCAUAGGAAUUCCUGAGGAAUAGAUAGGGCCUAAUAAAAAAAAAUAUAAAACCAGCCUCGGAGCCCUCUGAGAUCAUCUGACUUAAAGCAAUAGAGAAGCUUCAGGGUCGGUUCCAGGCAUUUAAGGUGACUAGCCUAGGGCUUUGUUCCUAUACCCCAGCGUAUCUAUAGAGAAUACCUAGGGGCAGACAACCCCUACACUUCUUCCAACACACACACCCCAAAAAAAUAAGCUAAGGUCUGUUAAAUGCUAAGCUAUUAUCUGCAUUCUCACCCAUAAAGUCACUCUUUCAUUACUUGAAAUUUGUUUGUCCUCACUAUUCUACCUAAUGUCAAACCCUGGCACCUCAAAGCAGGUGCUUCGUUAUGGGAGCCUACAGAUGCCUCCUACAGUGAGGAGGGAAACGACUGAGUUAACUAUGAACCCAGACACCGCGCGGGCUGAGGUAGGGGAAGGAGGGGCAAAGUGGGUACGCAGGGCAUUGUGGGUACAUAGUUUAGCUGGAGCAGCGUCGGCUUUUCUGUCUCCGGAAUGGACUACUACUACCGUCGUGCACUGCGCGCAACUCGGGCGGUGCUAAUCCGUGUACGCUGCGGCCUGGGGAUAGUAGUUUUGGCCGCGUGGAUGUGGAUCUGAACUUGGUGGCCGGGAACUCACCUUCCCAGCGACCCAUUUGACAGGGCGGGGCGCCUCACGAAGAUGGUGGCGCGCGCGGCGUGUGGCUCCUGUCGUCUUCUCCAGUCUCAGCUCAGCGCACGGGCCAGCGUUUCGCUGGUUUGGAGUCCCUGCCCUCCGGGUCCCUGACCCCGCGCCCCC